AUGACAUCUAAUCUCAUUGACCACAGCUUUUUCUUCACACCCCUCGAGCGCGACCGCAUCGCCCAUGCGGAGACGUUUGUUGACACGCGUCCGAGCAGCCUGGUCACGGUGAUCUUCCACCCACUCUGGCUGGCGAUGAGUCGCCACGUGGUGCCUGAGAUGGUGGCGCCCAACGCCAUCACACUUGCGGGCCUGGUAAGCUCCAUGCAGUCCUACCAAAUUAUUAGCGAUCAUUACCAAGUGGGGGAAGUGGAUUCUGGUAGCCUACAGGAUCAGACUCCCAUCUUGUUGUCGUGUUUAUUGUGUAUUGUGUCGCUUGUGUGCGGCUCGCUGGAUGGUGUUCACGCAAAGCACUUCCGAUCUGCAACUCCGCUGGGUGACAUUUUCGCUCGUGUCUGUAGCAGUAUCUCGCGUAUAUUUUUUGCCCUGACACUUAUGGAGGCCUUUCAUGUGAGUGAUCGUCAAACGGAAUGGUACUUGCUCAUGGCGCUGCAGUUAGUGGAGUUUAAUACAGUGCUUAGUCGUAUCAACGCAGAUAACCUGAAGCGGGAGAAGGCGAAGAACCUCGCGUAUCACCUUACUUACUGUUUCCGUGACUCGGAGUUGUCCUUAUUGAUCUUGUGCGCCUUAAUUAUUCGUCUGGUCUACCCCGACACGGGCUUUUAUUUGUUGUUCACCUCCAAUUUUCCCAUGUACAGCUUCCUGCUAUUGGUGAUGUUGAGUUUUUUGAAUGUGGCGUUGCUGAAAAUGAAUCGCAAGUACAAGAGUGGGAUUGCGCUUUGUCUGAGUGCACGUUUUGUGCCUUUCUACAGACUUGUGUCGUUGAAUCAUUACAGCAUUCUCAGCGUCAUUAGUGGGGCUCUUGUGAUUGCGCUUCUUUCAAUAGAAGUGCACGUCAGCAACGUUGCCAGGCGUCGUGUGCAUGCCGCCGUCUUGUUUAUAUGCGUCGGCUCCGUGCUUAAUGACCUCUUUUCCAUUGUCGCCUCAGUUCUCUACAUUAUUGGGAUGCUCGUGGAUCUUUCCUACUCCACCCGGAUUCCCUUGUUUGUGCCGGUGAAGAACGUCUUUUGCGACGGCGUGUUUGACUUGUGUCAUGCGGGACACAAAAGUUUCAUGCAGAAGGCCUUGCAGCACGGCAACCGUCUCAUUGUCGGCGUCUGCGGGGACGAGGACUGUGAGAAUUACAAGCGACGCCCCAUCAUGACAACGGAGGAGCGCGUCAACGAGGUGCGGCUGUGCAAGUUUGUUUCGCAGGUUAUCCCAAACAGCCCCGUCUCGGGGGUGACGGAGGAGAUGAUCAAGCGGCAUAACAUUCACGUUGUUGUUUGCGGCACCGAGUACGACCGCCCUGAUGACACGUUCUACGCCGUCCCGAGGCGACUUGGGAUUCUGCGAACCGCCCCCCGCGCCGAGGGCAUCUCCACAAGCGUCUUGAUUGCCCGUAUUCGUGCGGCCACCGACGCCGAUGUUGCGGCAAAAGAUAAGUUGUCGGGGAACUCCGCUGUGAAGGAGGGGUCGUAA